AUGAAUGCAAAUGCAACAGGCGAGAUAUGUGAGGAAAAUAUAGAUGAUUGUAUUAACAACAAAUGCAUGUCCAACUCAACGUGCGUCGACCAAGCGGAUGGCUAUCGUUGCAGAUGCCUGCCGGGAAGUGGAUACACUGGCAAAUUUUGUGAUGAAGACGUUGAUGAAUGUCUAAAGAGUCCGUGUCACAACCAAGGCACGUGCAACAAUCAACCUGGCUCCUACACGUGUAGCUGCCUCAAUGGAUAUUCCGGUCGACACUGUGAAGUGGACGUUGAUGAUUGUGAAUCCAAUCCGUGCUUGAAUGGAGGGACGUGUCGGGAUAGCGUUGGGGGUUUCCAUUGCGAGUGUCCGCCUCAUAAAUCCGUUUUAUGCCAGUACGACAACCCGUGCACUAGGACGAUGAACAUAUGCAAACAUGGGACCUGCGUUACAGACGCCGACACUGCAGGCUGGCUGUGUCGCUGCGACAGUGGCUACCAAGGAAAGGAUUGCAGUGAAGAUGUGGACGAGUGCAUGAUGAAGCAAAACCCGUGUGACAACGAUGGCAAAUGCCAAAACGAAUACGGUACAUUCUCGUGCAAAUGCAAGACCGGCUACACGGGGACCAGAUGCGAGACGAACAUCGACGAAUGUCUACAAGUUCAGUGUCAUAACGGGGGUGCCUGCCUCGAUGGUAUUGGUACCUUCAAGUGCGCUUGUACUUCUGGUUGGUUUUGGACUUUUUGUAUUUUAUAUCAUGUGUUCUGUGUUGGGUGUCCCACUCCACCCAUCUUCAAGCCCACCCCACCCCACGCAGGUUACACUGGAAAGUUUUGCACCGAAGUUGUCGACAACUGUCCCAGCAUCAACUGCAACCAUGGCAGAUGCGUCAACGAAGAAGGAGGCUACAGGUGCAUAUGCGAUCCAGGGUUCAAAGGUUUGGCUGACCAUCACUGUCUUAAACGUUGUUUGAACGGCGGAAAAUGCCAACAACAACUACAACAACCACGAUGUUUGUGCCAUCCGGGUUAUGCUGGGGAGUUCUGCCAGAUUGAGGUCAACGAAUGUUCUUUCCACCCGUGUCUGAAUGACGCCAUCUGUUUCGACUUCAUGGAUUCCUUCGUGUGCGAGUGCAAGCCAGGCUACAGCGGGCAGAGGUGCCAGACCGAUGACGACGACUGUUCCGAAAGGUCAUGUCUCAAUGGAGGAACCUGUGUCGAUCAGGUUAACUCAUACACGUGCAAAUGUCCAGUUGGUUACCAUGGUGAUCGCUGCCAGUGGGAAAUGACACCCUGUUCUUCGGCACCCUGUCUGAACGAUGGCACCUGUGUCCCCAGUGAAAACGUCUUCGAACGCUUCUGUUCAGAUGGAUUCACUGGACCACGCUGUGAAACAUUGAAGGAUAUGUGUGCUGUUAACAACGGCGGCUGUCACCAGCAAUCUACUUGCAAACAGGAAAGCAACCAAAUAAUAUGCGUGUGCAGUGCUGGUUGGACUGGCCUCAAAUGUGACAUGCCUGCUGGCUCCUGCCAAGAAGCUGCUAUUAAAAAAAACGUGCCAGCAAUCGCCCUGUGCCAAAACGGUGGCCAGUGUCGCCACAGCCACAGAGGACACAGUUGCAAAUGUAUGCCCGGGUACGAAGGCAGCUACUGCGAGUUUCAGGUACAUCCCUGUUCGCCUAACCCAUGCAAGAAUAAUGGGGUCUGUCUCGAUAGGAACUUCUUCAACAAAAAUUUGAAAACUUCUAAAUUUGCUGGUGGCAACUUAGAAAAUAAAAAUAGUAGUAGUAGCACUAGUGGCAGUAAAGGUAGUAGCAAUAAUAUUGAUUUCGAUAUUGACGGUUUCACUUGCAAAUGCCCAGUCGAAUACGAAGGAAAGUUGUGUGAGAAACCGGUUGACCAUUGCAGGGAUGGACCUUGCUUGAAUGGAGGAUCGUGCUACAGUGGCAGUGCCGGGUUUCUCUGCAGUUGUCCAGUUGGCACUCAUGGAGAUAGAUGUGAAAUAACAAUAAACGCAUGCGAAAUAUCUACCACCGCCACCACCCUAACUACAAACAACCACACCACUACUACCCCCAACAAAUGCCACAACGGGGGUACCUGCAUCCCUAACUACAAAGGCGCUCCUGGCUACAGAUGUCUGUGCCCUCCUGGCUUUACUGGCCGAAACUGUCAAGGUAAACUGUCAGGGUGUCGUCUGAAACCUUGUAAAAAUGGCGGGAAGUGCUGGAAAGUUCGAUCGAAUGAUGUUGCGAGUCACGGGAAUAAUAAUGAUGGUAGUGGUGGAAAUAAUGCUGCUCAGUGUGAAGACAACUAUUACAUCAUCGCCAAUCAUCAUCAGCACCAUCACCAGCACCACCAACAUCAUAAUCAUCAUUCAUUAACAUCAUCAUCACCACCACCGUCAUCGUUACCAUCACCUGGAAAUCUUUAUUGCAUAUUUAAUGGUUGUCAUUGGAAAGCUGGAGAUGGAGUAUGUGACGAGGAAUGCAACAAUAAAAAUUGCCUGAAUGACGGAGGGGACUGCGAGUCGACCGAUCCCUUCCAGAGCUGCAACGUCUCCACGUGCAGCCAGACCUUCAACGACAGCGUCUGCAACCAGGAAUGUAACAACAUCGAUUGUCUCUUUGACGGAUUCGAUUGCUUAGACCGGGAUCGACGACAGACAUGCUUCCACGAAGACUACUGCUCCUACCACUAUGCCGACGGAAACUGCGAC